AUGAUUCCCGAAAAUGUGGGAAUACGAGGCAUCGAGGUUUACUAUCCACGGUUGGCGGUGAGGCAAGAUCAACUGGAAAAGUCAGACGCCGCCUCAACGGGCAAGUACACGAUCGGACUCGGCCAAAACCAGAUGGCCUUUUUCGCCGAUCAAGAAGAUGUUGUCUCGAUUGCGUUGACUGUCACACAGAAAUUAAUCGAAUCAUAUCAGAUUUCCAAAGAAAGCAUUGGCUUCUUGGCUGUUGGCACUGAGACACUCAUUGAUAAAAGCAAAAGUGUCAAGAGUGAACUGAUGCGACUUUUUGAUGAAAAUCAUGACAUUGAGGGAGUUGACGUGAAAAAUGCUUGCUAUGGAGGCACACAGGCCGUUUUUCACGCAAUCGACUGGGUGACGGCCAAUUGGGCGACUGAAGGUCGUUUUUCAAUAGCUGUUCUUGCUGAUAUUGCCGUCUAUGAAGAAGGACCCGCUAGGUGUACUGGAGGAGCUGGUGCUGUGGCGGUGUUGAUUGGACCAAAUGCGCCAAUAGUUUUCGAGAAAGGACUUCGCGGGAUUUACAUGGAUGCCACAUGGGAUUUCUACAAACCGAUAGGCGGCGGAAAACCGAGCGAGUACCCGGUGGUGAAUGGGCAAAACAGUCUCAAGAUUUACAUGAAAGCCCUUGACGAGUGCUACACGGCGUACAAAAGGAAAGCAAAACGAUUGAAAGGGGAAGAAAUUUCUCUGCAAUCUUUUGAUGCCGCAAUGUUUCACUCUCCAUUCACGAAGAUGGUUCAAAAAGCAAUUGGUCGAUUACACUAUUGGGAUGUGCUUAACGGAUUUACACAAGGAAAUGAUGAACUUAAGAAGUUAAUGCCAAUCACCGAUCUUGAUGAACGAGAAGUGGUUUCAAGUCUUCAAAAGAGCUCCUUUAAAGAAUUCAACUCGCUCACAUCUCCCUUCUUGGAAAUGAAUCGAAAUUGCGGGAACAUGUAUACGCCGUCGCUUUUCGUGCAAUUGGUGACAUGGUUGGCGAAAUGCGCUUCAAUGAGCUCAUCUCAAUCACCGGCUCGUAUCUUAAUGUACGCAUACGGGAGUGGCUGUGCCUCAGCCAUGUUCUCCGUUCUCGUCAACAAUUCAGAGAACGCCGAACUGCUUCUUAUGAAGAAAAUCUGUGCUGAAGCACUUGAACGACUCAACAAUCGUACAGUGCUCACCCCAGAAAGAUAUCGAGAAGUAAUGAAAAUGAGAGAAGAACUCUUGCAUUCAACAGAAUCGUAUACACCGAAAGCCCUUUCUCAGCCCGAUCUUCAACCUUUCCCCGGCGCUUUCAUUUUGACAUCGAUCAGCAAAUCGUAUCAACGAUUCUAUGCAAGGAUUCCUUUAGAACAACAAAAUGGUCAUAAU